AACCACUGACUGAAUCCAAGAUGUUGCCCUUUGUUGUCACCCUCUCCGGCAGGCAAAGGAGAGGCGGAAGCGCACGGUAUGGACCACUGGGCGCUGGUAGGGGAGAAGCUGACGGCGGAGAAGCACCUAGCGGAGGAUGCCAAGAAGGUGCUGGUCUCGGACAUCAAAUCGAGCCUGCGAAGGCUGAUGGAUGAUAUCAGUGAAGACAACUGGAUGUAUGACCCCAUAGACCUGGGGCAGGGGCAUCCUCACGGGAGAUGACCCCCGUUCCAGCGUAGACCUUAGACGGCCGCUACCGGGGUGCCAUUUUAGAGCAGCGGGUACAGCAGUAGCUGUUUUUCUUGUCCCUUGUAUAUACGAACGAAGCAUUGCUGCUUGGUGCCCACAAGGAUCACUGCUGCAGGAGGUGGCUAUCCCAGCAGUGGUGGCGGCAAUUUCGAGCUUGUUUUUCGCUGGAGGAGAUGGCUCGUCCAAGGUUUUGGGUUUCACCGAGGUUUUGCGUCGGGAGAAUUCACUGCUUUUAUGCCUUGGUUAGGGGUGUUGUACAUAGGGUCUCGGUUGUAGAACUGACGUGUUGCGGUCUUCAUUUGGCGUCUGUCUGGUCAGUUACAUUUGUGUUUUGCGGGGGCGCACGGGACGGGAGAAGUAGACUACGCCUGUGCUCCACGAAGAG